CCAGGCUGGGUCCGAGCAUCCCGCGGCUCCGGACCCCCCGGCCCGGACAUGGCGGCGGUCCCGGCCUCCCCGCGAGGCGCGCUGCUGCUUCUCCUGGCCGUGGCGGGGGUCGCGGAGGUGGCAGGGGGCCUGGCCCCGGGCAGCGCGGGUGCACUGUGUUGUAAUCAUUCAAAGGAUAAUCAAAUGUGCCAUGAUGUAUGUGAACAGAUAUUCUCCUCAAAAAGUGAAUCCCGACUAAAGCAUCUGUUACAGCGAGCCCCAGAUUAUUGCCCCGAAACAAUGGUUGAAAUUUGGAGUUGUAUGAAUUCAUCUUUGCCAGGUGUGUUUAAGAAGUCUGAUGGCUGGGUUGGCUUAGGCUGCUGUGAACUGGCUAUUACCUUGGAGUGUCGACAGGCAUGCAAGCAGGCAUCAUCAAAAAACGAUAUUUCCAAAGCCUGCAGAAAAGAAUAUGAGAAUGCUCUUUUCAGUUGCAUUAGCAGAAAUGAAAUGGGCUCAGUUUGUUGCAGUUAUGCAGGCCAUCACACAAACUGCCGAGAAUACUGUCAAGCCAUCUUUCGAACAGACUCUUCUCCUGGUCCAUCUCAGAUCAAAGCAGUGGAAAAUUAUUGUGCCUCUAUUAGUCCCCAAUUAAUACACUGUGUGAACAAUUAUACCCAAUCUUAUCCAAUGAGGAAUCCAACAGAUAGUUUAUAUUGCUGUGACAGAGCUGAAGACCAUGCUUGCCAAAAUGCCUGCAAGAGAAUUCUGAUGUCUAAGAAAACAGAAAUGGAAAUUGUUGAUGGCCUCAUCGAGGGUUGUAAGACUCAGCCUUUACCUCAGGAUCCUCUUUGGCAGUGUUUCCUUGAAAGCUCACAGUCUGUUCAUCCUGGAGUCACCCUACACCCUCCUCCCUCUACAGGCCUGGAUGGGGCUAAAUUGCAUUGUUGUUCUAAAGCAAACACUUCAACAUGUAGAGAACUGUGCACUAAACUUUAUAGCAUGAGCUGGGGCAACACACAGAGCUGGCAAGAGUUUGAUCGUUUUUGUGAAUAUAAUCCAGCGGAAGUGUCCAUGUUGACCUGUUUAGCAGACGUUCGGGAACCUUGCCAGUUGGGCUGUAGAAAUCUUACUUACUGUACUAAUUUUAACAACAGGCCAACAGAACUUUUCAGGAGUUGUAAUGCUCAGUCAGAUCAAGGAGCCAUGAAUGACAUGAAGCUGUGGGAGAAAGGAAGCAUAAAGAUGCCAUUUAUCAACAUACCUGUUCUUGACAUUAAGAAGUGUCAGCCAGAAAUGUGGAAAGCAAUAGCUUGUUCACUGCAGAUUAAACCUUGUCAUAGUAAAUCCCGGGGAAGUAUUAUUUGCAAAUCAGAUUGUGUGGAGAUUCUUAAGAAAUGUGGGGACCAGAAUAAAUUCCCUGAAGACCACACAGCUGAAAGUAUUUGUGAGCUUCUGUCACCUACAGAUGACCUAGAGAAUUGUAUACCUUUGGAUACAUACCUCAAGCCAAGUACUUUGGGUAAUAUUGUAGAAGAGGUCACUCAUCCCUGUAACCCAAAUCCUUGCCCUGCUAAUGAGCUCUGUGAGGUAAACCGGAAGGGGUGUCCGUCUGGAGAUCCCUGCCUUCCAUACUCUUGUGUUCAAGGUUGCAAAUUGGGAGAAGCCUCUGAUUUCAUUGUCCGUCAAGGGACACUAAUUCAGGUGCCAUCAUCUGCAGGGGAAGUUGGUUGUUACAAAAUUUGCUCAUGUGGACAAAGUGGACUCUUGGAAAACUGUAUGGAGAUGCACUGUAUAGAUCUUCAGAAGUCGUGUAUUGUCGGAGGAAAAAGAAAAAGUCAUGGGACAUCGUUUAAUAUUGACUGCAAUAUCUGUUCUUGUUUUGCUGGCAAUUUGGUGUGUUCUACCCGUCUGUGCCUCAGUGAGCACAGUUCCGAAGAUGACCGUCGCACCUUCACAGGUCUGCCCUGUAACUGUGCAGAUCAGUUUGUCCCUGUGUGUGGGCAGAAUGGACGCACUUACCCCAGUGCCUGCAUUGCUCGCUGUGUUGGCCUCCAAGACCAUCAGUUUGAAUUUGGAUCAUGCAUCUCAAAGGAUCCAUGUAAUCCUAAUCCCUGCCCAAAAAACCAAAGAUGCAUUCCCAAACCACAAGUCUGCCUGACGACUUUUGAUAAAUUUGGAUGUAGCCAAUAUGAGUGUUUGCCAAGACAGCUCACCUGUGACCAGGUUCGCGAUCCUGUCUGUGACACAAACCACAUGGAGCACAGCAAUCUCUGCACUUUGUACCAGAGGGGGCAAAGCCUCUUAUACAAAGGCCCUUGCCAGCCCUUCUGCAGAGCCACAGAGCCCAUCUGUGGGCACAAUGGGGAAACCUAUAGUAGCGUGUGUGCUGCAUACUCAGAUCGUGUAGCAGUCGAUUACUACGGGCCCUGCCAGGCUGUCGGGGUCCUCUCAGAGUACGGUUCUGUAGCCGAGUGUGCUGCUGUGAAGUGUCCUUCACUCUCUGUGACUGAGUGCAAACCCAUCAUCCCACCAGGUGCUUGUUGCCCAUUAUGUGCUGGAAUGUUAAGAGUUUUAUUUGACAAAGAAAAACUGGAUACUAUUGCUAAGGUAACAAACAAAAAGCCAAUUACAAUUCUGGAAAUACUUCAGAAAAUCCGCAUGCACGUAUCUGUCCCACAGUGUGACGUAUUUGGAUACUUCAGUAUUGAAUCUGAAAUUGUGAUCCUGAUCAUUCCUGUCGAUCAUUAUCCAAAAGCUUUGCAGAUUGAGGCUUGCAAUAAAGAAGCAGAGAAGAUCGAAUCUCUUAUCAACUCUGACAGCCCCACUCUGGCAUCCCACGUCCCUCUGUCUGCCCUCAUCAUUUCCCAGGUAUGAGACCCUGGCUCCACCAAACAGAUGCUCCUGCCAAGAAUCUGAGUCUGGAGAAGUUGACCCAGAAAUGUGGAGAGAACCAGGAAAGAUUCUGGAUUGGUUGAGUAUUAAUCCACAAGAGACUACAGUAGAUGUGACUAAGUUUCCUUCACUGUUCAAGCUUAAGUUUUCUGCCAUCACUUGAAUUUGGACUUGAUCUACACAGAGAAACAGAGUUCCCUUUUUACAUAUCUAAAUUGUGAUUGGAAAAUGUUACACACGGUAUAAACAGUGACAUUUAAAAAGUGCUAAAUCGGGCAGCUUGGGUGGCUCAGUGGUUUAGCGCCACCUUCCGCCCAGGGCGUGAUCCUGGAGACCCGGAUCUAGUCCCACGUCAGGCUCCUUGCAGGGAGCCUGCUCCUCCCUUUGCCUGUAUCUCUGCCUCUCUCUCUCUCUCUCUCUCUCUCUCUCUCUCUCUCUCUCUCUGUCUAUCAUAAAUAAAAUAUAAAAUAUAAAAUAAAAUAAAAUAAAAUAAAUAAAAUAAAUAAAUAAAUAAAAUAAUAAAAUAAAAUAAAUAAAAAAUAAAAAGUGCUAAAUGUCAUCUCAUGUAAUCAGGAAAAAAUCCUCUAAGUAUUACUAUCUUUAUAUCAACACCUGGAUCCGAAUCACAGUCACUGGGCAGCAAAGCCAGAACUUGGACGAGGGCCACAUGACUUCAUGUCCAUGCCCCACAUUCUUAAACACUAUAGUUAGUAUUCUCAUUGUCAUUCAUCUCUGAACAUCUGCUUUGAUUUUGCCUUUCACUGCUCUAGGAGGAGCCUUUAAAAAAUUUAUAAAUGGUUCAAAAUUUUUCAGUUAACCUUUUGUUACUAAGUUUUAGUUUUAUUACAUCAUGCUCAGAAAAUUUAACUAAAUGGUUCUACUUUCAGGAAUUUAUCAUGGUUUACUUUAGGCCUACUAUUGGGAUCAAUUUUUGUAUUUGUUACCUAGAAAUUGGAAAAUAAAGUUAUCAUGUUUAAGUGGUCUUUAACACAAAUUAAAAAGCAGAUUCUGUCAGCCUGGAUAAAAAGAAACACCCAACUACAUCUUGUCAACUACAGCUGCCCAUUUUUAAUGUGAUGAAACAGAUUGACUAGAAGUUACAGAACGAAGUAGUGGUAAACAUUUCUAUAGUACUUAUUCUGUGUCAAGAGUGAUUCUGCGGGGGACACCUGGGUCACUUAGUGGUUGAGCAUCUGCCUUCUACUCAGGGCGUGAUCCCAGGGCCCUGGGAUCAAGUCCCACAUCGGGCUCCCCAUAGGGAGCCUGCUUCUCCCUCUGCCUGUGUCUCUGCCUCUCUCUCUCUCCCUCUCUCUCAUGAAUAAAUAAAUAAAAUCUUAAAAGACACAGAGAGAGGCAGAGACACAGGCAGAGGGAAAAGCAGGCUCCAUGCAGAGAACCUGAUGUGGAACUCAAUCCUGGUACUCUGGGAUCACGCCCUGAGCAGAAGGCAGAUGCUCAACCUCUGAGCCACCCAUGCACCCAAAUAAAAUCUUAAAAAAAAAAGAAAGA